AUGUCGCCCACGGCUGGCGCCGACGGAGAGAGAACGCCGCUGCUCGGCUCCCAGCCCAAUUCGUCGUCACGCAACACCGGAGAUGAUGGCCCAGACUCCCACGAUGACAGCCGGUGGACGCUCGGCAACAGCACGCGGCGCCUCUACGUGUCGCACUUCCUGUCCACGUGCAACACCCGCGUCUUCGAGUUCGGCAGCGUCUUGUACCUGGCCUCCAUAUUCCCCGGCACGCUUCUGCCCAUGUCGGUGUACGCCAUGGUCCGUGGGGCGUCGGCCAUUGUGCUGUCUUCGUUGGUAGGGCAGUACAUUGAUCGCGAGGACCGGCUGAAGGUAGUCAGGAGGUCGAUCGUCUUGCAACGGGCCGCCGUCGCUGUGUCUUGCACCAUCUUCUUCGUUUUAGGAAGGGUACAGCAUGCUUCUCAGAUGCUACGGGCUGGUCUUCUUGUCUUGCUGGUUGUUAUGGCUUGCAUUGAGAAGCUGGCCGCCAUGAUGAACCUUGUGUCUGUCGAGCGAGACUGGGUACCACAUCCCUGGGAACAUUUGGGGUUAACGCAUUCUAAUCAUGGUAUAGCCAUGAAUUCCCAAAUGAGACGCAUCGACCUCGUUUGUAAACUCUUUGGGCCCUUCUUCAUUGGAGUUGUUGAUGGCGUCUCGACUGAGACCGCAAUCAUGGUAAACUUAGGAAUGAAUUGCAUUUCUGUCGUCAUCGAGUACUUUUCCAUUGCCAAGGUCUAUUAUCAAGUGCCGGAGUUGCAGCAGCCAAAGAGAGCACCCAGCCUCACGCCAGAACACGAUCAAACUGCGGAUCAAGCACGUGGCCCAAGAUGGCGAUUCAUCACACGCUCUAUGAAGAAGGCUGGCGAGGAUACGUUGGCUUAUUUCAGGCACCCAGUUUUUAUGGCUUCCUUUGCGGGUACGCUGUUGUAUUUUACAGUGCUAUCUUUUAGUGGACAGACGGUGACCUAUUUGCUGGCCACUGGCUACACUCCCACCCAGAUUGCCGCUACGAGGACCGUCUCUGUGAUUUUCGAGGUCUUGGCCACUUGGGUUGGCCCAUGGUUGAUGGCCAAGAUAGGUCCUGUCCGUGCUGGACUCUGGUUUUCGAGCUGGCAGGUAAGCUGCCUGGCCAUCGGCAUGUCCAUCUUUUGGCAAUAUGCGGAUAACAGCCUCGUGUCAACUUUGGGCUUGGUCGGUGGUAUAAUACUGAGUCGCGUAGGACUCUGGGGCUUCGACUUAUCGGUGCAGAUCAUUGUUCAGGAGGCAAUCGAGGCGGAAAUCCGAGGCGCAUUCUCUGCCGUGGAAGCAAGCUGGCAAAACGUAUUUGAGAUGUGCUCGUACACGCUGACUAUUAUUCUCUCGUCGCCCAGCCAGUUUGAAUGGCCUGCCACCAUCAGCGUUGCGGCGGUUUUCUGCGCCUGGGCUUUGUACACUAGGUUCGUGAGAAAGCGGCGAGGCCACCUUAUCCACUGGCCGGCGUGCAUCUCACAUCCAGAAAAGAGGCAGCGAUCGACAGAAGACUUGCUUCAAGGCAUGGUACGGAGGCAGAGAGACUGA